UUUAUAGUCUGGUAAACGCUCUUCUAGUUUUCUUCUUCCUUUCCGGUCCUCUCUUCCCCAGUUCCCCUUCCGCUUCCCCACUUCUAUUUCCCUUCAAUCCUUUCAUUUUCUCUCCUCAAAGAUCAGAUUUUCCCCCCUUUUCGUUUCUGGGUUCGGUUUAUUCUUUGAUUAUACAAAGCCGGCGACUUUUUUUUCUUCUUACAUAUCUUUUUUAUAUAGUCAAGUUGUGACGGCGGCUGUGGCGGUGGCGGGGACGAGGCAGAAAAGUAGGAGAAAGCUGGAGUUCGAUAUUUAUCAACCACCAUCACCACGACCACCACCAUCAUCGUCAGAAGCAGUAGAAGAAGGGAAUUGAUUACGACAUAGAGAACAGAGAAAAGAAAUAUGAGUAAACAAUCAGCUACAGCUUCUUCGAGAGGAGCCCCGUCUUUCUUCGAUAGAAUCACGUGUGGGACGUGUAUGAGAUCGUCAGGCAAGCAAGAUACUGGGAAAGGGAAGAGCAAAUCGUCGAAGUCAAGACGGGUUUCACACGGUUUCCACUUGGUCAAAGGCAAAUCAGGGCACGAUAUGGAGGAUUAUCACGUCGCUGAGUAUCGCAAAUCAAGGAAUCAUGAGCUUGGUUUGUUCGCAAUCUUUGAUGGGCAUCUUGGCGAUAGCGUCCCCAAUUAUCUCAAGGACAAUCUGUUUGACAAUAUCCUCAACGAGCCCAAUUUCUGGAAAGAUCCUGCUGUGGCGAUCAGGAAUGCUUACUGCUCCACUGAUAAUUCCAUCCUGGAGAAUUCGUUGCAAUUAGGCCCUGGUGGCUCAACUGCAGUGACUGCCAUUGUUAUCGAUGGUAAAGACUUGUGGAUUGCCAACGUUGGAGAUUCUAGAGCUGUUGUUUGUGAGUUGGGUGCUGCAAAUCAACUUACAGUCGACCAUGAGCCUCAUGUUGAGCGAAAGAGGAUUGAAAAUAAAGGCGGCUUCGUCACAACGCUUCCUGGUAAGGUCUUUGAGUUUGAUAAGUUUGUAGGAGAUGUACCAAGAGUAAAUGGCCAACUAGCAGUUGCUCGAGCUUUUGGUGAUCAAAGCCUUAAAGCACAUUUAAGUUCAGAACCUGAUAUGAGACAUGUGCCCAUAGACGCCACGAUGGACUUUGUUAUAUUAGCAAGUGAUGGUUUGUGGAAGGUCAUGAAGAACCAAGAGGCAAUAGAUUUGGUGAAAACGAUAAAAGACCCUCAGGCGGCAGCCAAGCGCUUGACGACAGAGGCAUUGGCUAGAAACAGCAAAGACGAUAUAUCAUGCAUUGUGAUCCGCUUCGGAUGAUUCUUUGUCGACUUCACACAACGCUCGAUCCGAAGAGAGAACCACAAUGACUUUGUGGGCGCGGGUUUGAAAUGUUUGGAAGGUCUGUUUUUAAUGAAGUAGACUAGUAGUAGCCUGUAGUAUUCUUCUUAUUCUUGUGAAGUUGGAGCUAGGUUGGGAUUUAUAUGUUUUUUUUUUCCUUCUCUUUUAUGUCCUUAAUGGUGUCUUCUCUUUGGUUUAUUUUCGAGUCAAGUUUGGACUGGGAGACAUCUUGGUGUUCUUAUCCACUUUAGCCUACCUAAUUAUUGAGGUGGGGCUGGUUGUGUUGCUGUGUAUAGAUAGAUGAUUGUUUUGGUGGGGGCAGAAGGUAAAGGGUAUAUGGCAUUUUGUUAAUCAAGCAAAGAAGGGAAAGAUAUGGGGGCUUGUUAGAUUUUAGGAUUCUCUCUUUUGUGUAUAGGUUUGUGGACAUGAAUAAAGACUCUCCUUUUAAGUUAUAUACAUUUCUUCUAGGUUUUUCACUACUGUAGUUCCCUGAGAUUUCACCUCCAUUCCCAGGUUGCAGUAUCUGUAUCGGCACUGCCUGCCGGGCGGUCCAUAGUUUGUGUUAGCGAGAAAGAUCAUUCUUCAAGGUGGUUUCGGAGUAGGUCCUGCUAAGAAAGUGCGUAUUAUUUGGUGUUGGAUUCUUGGGUUCAUGGAUCUCUUUGUGAUAGAUACAUAACGUUCAAAGAAAAGAUUAUAGUCUACAAUAUCGGCCUCAAUUUGAGGCAAGUCAAGGGUUUGUGACAGAAUCAGAUGUGUAGUGCUUUGUGCAGCGCUGUGGCCGCAAAUCUGCGUUCAAAUAUAACUGUUUGCAUUGAACAUCAGAAAACAAGUGGCCGGUGGCCUAUCGCUGUCAGACCAGAAUACGUUUGGAGCUGCUUGAUGAAUUGGUUGGAUUUUGACCUGGUUUUUGCAACGGCUGUAUAGAUUUAGGGGUGGGUGAACCUGGGAAACGGGCGACUUGGGCUGUCGAUGAACCAAAUCAAGUGGUCUUUUUAACUAAAAUACUGCAUUUUGACAUUACAUAGAAUUCUCACAUUCCCACCAUCAAAUGCAUAAAUAUGCUUCAAAUCCUUGUAAGUUACAUUUUUGUGGAGAAGUUACUCAUCCAGGAUUGAGAGGAGCAACAAUGAUAUUGAGAAUAUGGUGAAACAAUUUGACGUAGCAGUAAAGAGACAUGGUCUUCUGCAUAUCUAAAUUACACAGAAGAAGGAAACUAAAUACACUGGGUCUACCAAAACAGAGACUUGCACCCCCCAGGAUUGGAACAGCCUGUAUUUGCCAAGUUCAACUCAAUCUUGAUCAAAACAUAAAAACAACAAUAUCUUCUUGUCAUUUCAUUAGGUCGGAGAUCACACACCGUCCUUCAGAUAAUCUGCCAUACACGAGAAUCUACAACUUGGUUAUUCACGAAAUUACAGGAAACCGAAGAAGGAUACGAGUAAGAGUACAAGCAAGCUGCUGGCAUGUUCGGGUACAAUCAGACUUUCUUCUUGCUUUUAGCACUAGGCUGAACCUUCCCAUAUGCUAAGAGCCUACCAUGAGACAACUUGAGAUGUGCUUGGUUCUGCCUUCUCUUCGCUUUCCUGGAUAGGCCAGCUGAAGUUGAUCCUUCACUGUUAUUACUAUCGACCUUUGGGUUAUGAUUCUUCUUGCUAACCUUUCGGAUGUUGAGGUUAUUCUUCAACUCCUUAACCUUCAUCUUAUACUGGUUCUUCUGAUUGCUGGGAACCUUCCACUCGCUCUCUCUGUAAGGGGCAAGCUUUUUCACAGACACAUACUGGUUCAAAUCUUGGUCCUCUAACAACAAUAUAUCCUCCGUCUUCAGUCCAUAUUUGUUAGGAUUCACUUUAGCAUACUUAAACCUCGUCUUUAGGUCUCCAAUUGUCCCCUCGUAAUCCAAUUUAUAGUACUCGUCCAGCAAUUCCUGCUUGGUUUUCUGAAGCAAGGACAGCUUGCGUUUUUGCUUCUUCCUUUUACCUCCAUCCUCCCUUUCAUCCUUUUUACCUUCCUCUUUCCCUUCUUCCUGUUCAUCAUCAUCAACAUCAUCAUCAUCA